AAAAUGUAAAAAACUGAAAUUGGUUAAUAUGUCUUGCAUUAUAUUAAAAAUAAGAGGUUAGUCUUGUAAAGAACACAAGUGCAUCCGUGGUGUACUCAUGAAGUUUGCAUAUGGGGUUGCUUGUGUUACAAUUGUGUCAGCCUUUCAUUAUUUGUUUAUUGUUUCAUAAGUUUAAGGUUUAUUUUUUACACAUGUAUUUUUUUUUGCUCACUUGUUUUUUAGAAAAAAGGGAGGCUGUUGUGGGUGGGAGUCAAGUGAAAUUUAAUUAUUUUUUUUAAAUAAAUACUGCAUGUUUUAUCAUAUUUUUUCUCUUUCCAUUAAUUUUUAAUAUUUCUUUUCAGUUUUUUAUAAAAAUGGCAUUCUUUGAUGAAGUUGAAAAGAAUUUUGGUAGCAAAUGUUUUUAUAAAGUGCUUGGUAUAACAAAAGAGGCGGACAGCAAACAAAUCAAAAAAGCCUAUUAUAAGCUUUCUUUACAAUGUCACCCUGAUCGAGCUUCAAGCGAAAACAAGGAAAACAAUACUAUCAAAUUUCAAAUUCUGACAAAAAUUCACUCUGUUUUAAGUAAUUCAGAGCAACGUGCUGUUUACGAUGAGACGGGAGAAUUGUUGGAUGAAAGUGAUAUAUGUACACAGGAUCGUGACUGGGAAUCAUAUUGGCGGCUUCUGUUUAAAAAAAUUAGUAAGGCAGAUAUUGAAACGUUUCACAAUGAAUAUAAAGAUAGCGAAAAAGAAAAAGAGGAGAUAAAGAAGUGUUAUCUGGGAUCCGAAGGUGAUUUGGACCAAAUAAUUGAAAACGUGUUAUGUGCAUCUUAUGAGGAUGAGGAGCGAUUUAAAUCCAUUAUUCAGAAGUGUAUUGAUAGUGAUGAACUUCCAAGUUUAGAAAAGUUUACAAAUGAAAAUACUUCAAAAAGAAAUAAGAGAAAGAAAAAGGCGGCCAAGGAGGCUGAAGAAGCUGAAGAACAUGCCAAAGAAAUUGGACUUUCUGUAGACGGAGACUUAAAAAGUUUGAUACUACAGAGGCAAGGUAAUCGAGAAAAAGAAAUGAACAGUUUCUUCAAUGAUCUUGAGGCUAAAUACUGCCAACCGAAAGCAAAGAAGACAAGCAAGAAAAGUGCAAGUUCGACAGCGAACAGCAAAAGUACGAAACGAAAGAGAAAGUAGUUGAUUGGUUGUUUUCUGUUCACGUUUUGUUCCUUCACCAGGGAAUUAAAUAAAAAUACGAACGGUUAAAAAGCCUAAGAAUUAUGGGGAGGUUACAUGUUACGUAUUUUUUUCAGUAAAAAAAAUAUUUGUAUACAGAAAAAGUUUUACCCUCUUUAUAUUUAUAUUUUUUGUAAAUAUAUGUGCUAAUGGCUGAUUUUUUACCAUCUGAUAUUUUAAUUAAGUACAAGUUUUUGUUUGCCUGUUAAAAAAAUUUCCUAGUAUUGAAUUUUUCUUGUAGUUUCUAAACAAAGAGGAUCAUAAGAAAAAAAAUUACAAAUUUUAGAGGGAGGUGUUCUCAUUUUUGUUAAUUUUUUUUUGUUACGAAACACGAGUGGGAUGUAAAAAUUAUUGCUUCAUAAGGACACGCAAUAUGUAAAAAUACUUGGAAUAAUAUAAAUAUUUUGAAACAGAAGUAA